GCUUUAUAAGAUUUCCAUUUUGCAUGAGAAGAUUCCAGGUACAGAAGGGCAAAUCAAUCCAGGCCACAAUGUAUCCCACACGGACAUCCUUUCCGACAACGAAGCUUCUAUGGUUGUUCAUGGUUCCUUUUGUUCUGCUGUCUGCUUUUCUGGUUUUCCGUGCCCCUAAUAAGAGUUGGGUGUUCACUUUUCCUUAUCUGAAAACUCUUGCUGUCUAUGGUGCAAAAAGUUAUACAAAGUUAGAGAUACUGGAAUCUGGUCUGGCCCAAGCCCGAUCUUCAAUCUUGAGAGGAAACCAGCUUCACAGUGAUGAACACUACAUCCCUUCUGGUUCAAUAUACUGGAAUGCCUCAUCCUUUCACAGGAGCUAUGUGGAAAUGGAGAAAACAUUGAAGGUGUAUGUGUACGAGGAUGGACAGCCGCCGGUGGCUCACUACGGUCCCUGCAAGAGCAUAUACGCAAUCGAAGGUCAUUUCAUCCAUGCCAUGGAUUUUAGCCAGUUUCGAACCACAGAUCCAGACAGUGCCCACGUUUUCUUCCUUCCUUUCAGCGUUACUGUUCUGAGUAAAAUGAUUUAUGUCGCCAACUCCCAUGAUUGGAGUCCGAUGAAGAGAACUGCCUUGGACUAUGUCCAGUCUAUUGCUCGGAAAUACCCCUUCUGGAAUCGCACCCUCGGCGCCGAUCAUUUCAUGCUUUCUUGCCAUGAUUGGGGGCCAGAAAUAUCAGGUUCGAUUCCAGAUCUACAAAAGUAUGCAAUCAGAGCAUUGUGCAAUGCCAACACCUCAGAAAGAUUCAACCCCAAGAAAGACGUGUCCAUCCCAGAAAUCAACCUCCCUGACGGCACAACAGACGGCUUGAUCGGCGGCCCGCCGCCGACAGAGCGUCCGGUGCUGGUCUUCUACGCCGGAGGGCUUCACGGCCCGGUCCGGCCAAUUCUCUUGCAGCAUUGGGAGAACAAAGACGAAGACAUUAAAAUCCACAGCUAUCUUCCCAAGAACGUGUCGUACCACGGAAUGAUGAGGAAAAGCAAGUACUGCUUAUGUCCCAGUGGGUACGAGGUUGCCAGUCCAAGAAUGGUGGAAGCGCUGUACAUGGGUUGCGUCCCCGUGCUUAUAAAACGCGGCUACGUGCCGCCGUUCAGUGACGUGUUGAACUGGUCGGCGUUCGCGGUUAUUAUUCCGGUGGAGGAUAUCCCUAACCUCAAGAAAAUCUUGACGGAUAUUCCUCAGACGCAGUACGAGAUUCUGCAGAGGAGAGGAGUUGAGGUUCGGAGACAUUUUGAGGUUAAUUGGCCUCCUAAACGUUUUGAUGUCUUCCACAUGAUUCUCCAUUCCAUUUGGCUUAGAAGGCUCAACAUUCGAGUUCACCAUCUCAACAAUUAAUUUUAAUUAAUUUAGUAGCAGGAAAUAAAAUUUAUAUAUAUUUACAAGUUAAACAUGAAAACAUCAAUAGUGCUUAUAAAGUUGUAAUAUGGCAAGUGUUAAAUUUAUAUAUAUUUUAUACAACA